CUGAUUAUGCAUGGGCUGGAGCUGCCUCCUCUAACCUGUUCUUCUCCGAGCCGGGCAGCCGGCGGUCCUCAGCCGCCCACAGAACAGGAGCCGAAACAACCGUUCCCGUAGGCUACAGCGUUUAUUUUUCUCUUUUGGGGGUUUUGGCGGUUGUUUCAGGGGCUCGCCAACUGGCCCCUUUAAUUAAAAGCUUCAAUAAAAGGCGAUCGCGCCAGGAAUGCACCGGCUCCUCUUCGCGCAGGAUUUGCAUAUUUUUUUAAUGCCCUAAUUUCCUUGAUGUAUGUAAAUGUAGCCGGACGUAGAGGGAGACAGGGAGCUGACGUCAAUGGACGUGACCUCGCAGCUAAACCUUGAACGUGAAGCCGGGAUGGGGGAAAACACGGAGCGGCAGCCGGCGGAGCCCGCUAGUGUGGCGGCGGCAGCGCGGUGGCCGAGGCCAGGCCCGAGGGGGCCGCGGGGGGCCGUGCCGACCCCGGGGGAGGACGAGCCGCCGCCUUCUUUCUCCACUGCCCGGCUUCCAGCCUCGCCACCCUUCCGGCCGCGCACGCAGGCUCUUGUCCUGCGCCUCCAGCCCCACCAAAUACACGUUCUCCUGCUUUCCUCCGAAAAACAACACACCCCCAAACAACAAACCAAAAAACAACAGAUAAACCAAAUCAAAUCCCCAAACGUUUUAGAUCAGUGCUCGGGUAGCUUAUCAGAAAGAAGACUCUGACAAUGGAACAUGAUUUUUUUUUUGGCUUCUCUCCACAAGAAGAGGAGGGGGAGACCUCAGACAACAGCAAAUCACUCCUAAAACACGAUAAGCUACACGUGUUUCCAGUAGGGAGAGGUAAAUCGCCCAGUCGACUGGUGGGGGCUUCUUGUUUCGACGCCGAAAGGAGCCUGUGUGUGUACUGCGGCCGCCCUGUGACUCUGGAUCUUGUCUUCUGGCCGGCGCUUCGAUUCCUGCCCAGCUGGAUUACAGGGGCAACAGUGCCUGGCGCAGGGAGGAGAGCAAAUGAGACUACAAAGAAGCGUAAAAUGAAUAGACAACCCAACCAAAGACCGGGGGCAGCAGCACGCCAGCAAGACGGCAUCUUCUCCUCCCCAGCCUAGAAGCCCUGUGAAAUCGAGGAUCUUCCCCCUAAAACACACACACACAAGAUAUGUGCGAUCAAGCUGCCACCGCUUGGUAAAAAGCUCAUGGUGCCUAACCCAAAAGGAUCAGGAGCAGAUCCUUGAAUCAGCUGUCACUUCUUCUGUAGGAUGGGAUGUGUUUUUUUCCUUCCUCCUUAACCUGCGCUGGAAAUUGCCUUUGGCUUUAUACGUCUCUAUAGAGGGAGACUAAAGAGUCUUGCGUGAGAAGGAAGCAAUUUACAAUGCAAAUAGAGGCCUGUGAAGGGACGGAUGCUGCCGCUCACUCGUAACCGCUUGCUGCACCUUAAUAGCUGGUUUUAUUUUCUGAUAUUAAUAGAUGAAUUGUUGGCUAACGCUGCCGGAGAUUACUUGCUGAAAGGAAAAAAAAAGUUCGGAAUAAACUUUGAAAGCAACAGAUCUCGUUUGGAUGUUUUAGCUGCACACACAGACAGAAACCAGGUCAUAUUUACAUACCAGGAGGAAUCUUAUGCGCGGCAAGUAUCCUAGAGGACUACCCUUCCGCACUGCCGGAGACCUCGGCGUCUGGAGUCCGGUCAGAGGAAGACAGAGGCGCGUGAGGGAAGCGAGUUGUUAUCUUUGGUUAUCUAGCUGUAUGAGUGUAUUGGUCUUCAUAAAGCUAGAUAACCGAAAGUAAAAACUCCUUCAAGAUCGCCGGGGAGCGUGUGAGAAUGAGAGCCUACAACCGAGAGACAGUAAAAACCAGAAAGGUCAGGAAUACUUAUUGAAUCUAACUUUGGUUUUGUUUUUGUUUUUUUUGCCUUUUGAUUAAAGGUGGGAUUAGAGGAAGUUAAGUGACACAUAUGCCAAAAUAUAAAGGUGCCAGGUACUUGGACAGGGGUUGUUAGAGCCGCAAGGGAGAAUUGUAUGCUGCUAGUGAGGAAGGAGGCUCGUGUAGUUUGUCCUACUUUCAGGCAAAAGUUUAUAUAUGAGGUUGGUUUUCUUUCUUAGAAAGCUGUUGUAGAGAUGUCUGGGACCUAGUUUAAAAAUGAUUCCAUCAUAUGUAGACUUAGGCUGUUCCCUUCUGAGGCCCCUCCCCUGAAAAAUUUGAAAGAUUAUGCUUGAAAACUACAUGUAUUGGGGUUGUCUGUCAAAUUAUAUGAAAUUAGACUUUCAGAAAAUUUAUACUGGGAGGUUAAUCAGUUGUAUCUACUGAGGACAUAGAGCUAGAAGGGAAAAUGCAAAAAAA